GCGGAGCUCCGGAAGGGGCGGUACCCAGCUCGUCCUCAGGCCCUGAGCAGGCAGAGGAAAACGAGCUGCAGGACAGGGAAGCUGUGUUCCUGAGUGGAAAGAAGGCAUUCCUGCGAGCGUGAAGACACUGCGGGUCAGAACCCCGGGACUCUUCCUGCUGGUGCCCUGUGCACUCUCGUGAUAGUUAACAAUAGCUGCUGUGUCUGAGCGACCUUGCUGAGAAGAAAGGAAAUGGCUUGUACUGAGUUUUCCUUUCAUGUGCCAAGUCUGGAGGAGCUUGCUGAAGUUUUGCAGAAGGGGCUGAAGGACAACUUUGCUGAUGUCCAGGUCUCCGUGGUUGACUGCCCAGAUUUAACAAAGGAGCCAUUUGCCUUUCCUGUAAAAGGCAUCUGUGGGCAAACUAGAAUUGCAGAAGUAGGAGGUGUGCCUUACUUAAUGCCUCUUGUCAACAAGGAAAAAGUUUAUGACCUAAAUGAGAUUGCAAAAGAAAUAAAGCUGCCUGGAGCUUUUAUCCUUGGAGCAGGGGCAGGCCCAUUUCAAACGCUCGGGUUCAAUUCUGAGUUCAUGCCAAUAGUUCAUACAGCAAGUGAACAUUGCCACCCUGUGAACGGAAGUUACUUUGCCCGCGUUAACCCUGCAGACGGAAAGUGCCUGCUGGAGAAGUACAGCCGCAAACAUCACGACUUUGGAUGCGCACUGCUGGCUAAUCUUUUUGCCAGUGAGGGCAAACCUGGCAAGGUCAUCAAGGUGCAAGCCAAGAGAAGAACAGGAGAGCUUAACUUUGUGACUUGCAUGAGGCAGAUUCUGGAGAGGCACUACGGAAACAAGCCCGUGGGGAUGGGAGGCACCUUCAUCGUGCAGAAGGGGAAAGUCAAGGCCCACAUCAUGCCAGCAGAGUUUUCUUCCUGCCCACUGAACUCGGAUGAAGCAGUCAAUAACUGGCUACAUUUUUAUGAGAUGACAGCUCCUUUGGUUUGCCUGCCAGUCUUUGUCUCCAAAGAUCCGGGGCUUGAUUUGCGACUGGAGCACACGCACUUCUUCAGCCAUCACGGAGAAGGCGGACAUUACCACUAUGACACUACCCCGGACACGGUGGAGUAUCUUGGCUACUUCUCACCUGCCCAGCUCCUCUACCGCAUUGACCAGCCCAAAGAGACCCACACGUUUGGGAGAGACUAAAGCAACUGAUGCUUAUUUAGAUGGAGAAAUGAUUAUCUAAAUUUAAAUCACUAACUCCUAACUCAGGAACUGAUACUAAUUCAAUAAAUCCAGUAGAGGGCCUGGAAGAGAGUUUUUCCCUAUCAAGCAAAGCUCUAGCUUAAUCCCUAGCACGGAAGAAAAACCAUAAGUGAUUUCACUAUGUCAACACUAUUUCUAUGGCAUCUGAACUGCAAGGAUAUGGAUACAUGAUACUUAUACUGCUUUGCAUCUCCAUGUGAAGGAGAUUAUUGGGAACACAGGUACAUAAUUAGGCAUACCUCUUGCCUUCUCCUUAAACUGGAACCUUAUGCCAGGCCCCCAACAUGGACUUAACAAGAUGGUUGGGGGGCGGGGAGGAUAGGAAUCCAGAGAUCUGUUUGUUCCUCUUCCCAGUGUGAUUACAUUCAAGAAAUCUUAUUUUAAUCCCAGCACUCGGGAGGCAGAGGCAGGCGGAUCUCUGUGAGUUCGAGACCAGCCUGGUCUACAAGAGCUAGUUCCAGGACAGGCUCCAAAACCACAGAGAAACCCUGUCUCGAAAAACCAAAAAAAAAAAAAAAAAAAAGAAAUCUUUUUAUGCUUUUCAAAACAAUGACACUAUUGCUGUGUGAUAGUCGUUAAUGUGUGCUGACGGAGCCUAGAAAGUUCCUUGCUUUUAUAUUAUAAAACCUGUGAUCAUUAGCCAGAAAUCCACUCUCCAACCUUGAAAAUCGACACCCAGUGUGGGUGGAGGAACUCCUUAGAAUCAAGCCAUAAAUGUUCUGAUUGUUUACUUUGUAAUGCACAUGUCUUGUGAGUAUAAAUCCCCAAAUUAUUUAAUAGACAUGAUUUUGAGGCAAAACUAAAUAAAAUCAUUU